GUGAGUCUGCACUGUGUGUGUCAGUCAAGCCUCAGUCCAUUCUACGGAAAAUCUGGUGUUUCUGUGUUUGUUUUUUCAACUUUCUGUCGCAGGCUUAAAUUACGGUACCUUCAGCUGCUGUUGAUUCAAGGAGGUGAUGCACAGCAAAGCAGAAAAAAGAAAAGGAAACAGGUUUACAUGUAGGCUGGUUGGCUUGUGUUGAGGUCAAUGGAAGUCAGUAUUGAUGUUAGAGAUGAAACUACAGAAGCAGAGUUCUGUGAGCCGCUUUUCAUCUACGAGGAAGGGGAUGAAGUACAACGGCAUGGAGCUAACAGCAGAAAAAGUGGCAGAAGAGUGCAUGCUCCACAUGUACAUAUAGAAUCUGAAGAAUGUGAAGUUGGAAACAAGGAGGCAGAGACAGAAGAUUCAGUGGAGAUACGCAGGAUGGGACAAGAGGAGAUCGAGGGAGAGAAAGGCCAAGUGAAUAAAAAGGAGCCAGCACAACAAUGUGAAGAGGAGGUCAAUUUGGAGGGAGAGAGAGAAGAUGAGGUGAAUGAUGAGAGAAAGACAACAAAAAGCAAAGAAACCAAGCUAGGAGGGAGUCUGGGUGGGCCAAGCAACGACGAAACAGAGACAGAAGCAAAAUGCAGAGACAUGCAAGCUGGGGCUGAAUCUGAGAAAGAGCAGAAAACAAGAGGCACUUUUGCAGAAAAGGAUGGAAAAAGGAGUGACAUGUUAGGAACAGACGUGGGAACACAGGUUGUUGACCAACAAGCUCCUAAGCAGAGAUCUAAGGAUACAUUGAGUCCCCAGGAUGCACAGAAACAGAUGCGCAGGUUAACCCCUGACUUUCCUGACUCCCUAUAUGAGCUGCUGUGCUCUAUUCAGGAGGGUAGAAGGCUCAAUGACCAGCGUUGCUCUUUUACACCAGAACGGAGGUGUCACUCUGAGCCAAGCACCCCUGUCCCACGACACAAAGUGAUGUUCUCAUCAAUGACAUCACUCCAAAAGGAGGAGUUUUUCGAGCUAGUGGCUACAUUCCAAGGCCGUCGGCUUGAUGACCAGCGUGCGGAACUGCAGCGUAGUCCAUCCUCUCCAGAACCUCCUCAGUUUAAAGUGAACAAGAAGAAGAACAGCAUAAAGGAAGUGGAAUUAAAGGGAGUGGCCACCAAAUCAGCUCCUAAAGAGGAUCUGUACAACAUGAUUCUUACUUCUCAAGCCCAAGGGAGACUAGAGGACCAACGCAGUGCUGCUCCUGGCCCCAUGGAUGAUGAGGACUUCUUCUCCUUGCUCUUGAAAGUCCAAGGUGGGCGAAUGGAUGAACAGAGGACGGAGCUUCCUAUGGCACUCCAAUACUAAUGCCAAGAACAAGUUGGGAA